AUGAAACUCGUUCAACUGUUUUUAUUUAGAAAAGGCUUGGCUGUUGGUGCUUACACCAUCUGGGUGACCAGAUUCUUCAUGAUUGCCACUUUUCCGAUAGCCUUCCCUAUCUCCAAGGCAAGCGUUGUGUAUCCUAUUCUAAUUGUUUGUCACUUUGGUGAUUCAUUACUUUUCCAGGUCCUAGACUUCGUUCUAGGGGAGGAAGUAGUUUCCUACGACCGCAAACGCCUUAUGGAACUUAUCAAAAUGAGCAAUGAGGAGGGGCUAGUUGAAGAACUGAAAAUCGCGGUUGGUGCAAUGGAAAUCAGUGAUAAGACUGUAACUGAUGUGAUGACUAGGAUAGGUGACGUAUUUAUGCUUUCCAAUACCACUGUGCUCAAUACUAAAACUGUGGCUGAGAUCCUUCGUAUGGGAUAUACUCGAAUACCAAUUUAUGACGGUGAUCGUAAUAAUGUCGUUUCACUGCUGUUUGUGAAAGACCUGGCGUUACUCGAUCCAGACGAUAACUUCACCAUACAGACUGUGUGUGGUUACCAUCAACACCCUUUGCGAUUCGUUGAUGAACACACUCCUUUACGCGUCAUGUUGGAAGAAUUCAAAAAGGGUGAUUACCACUUAGCCAUGGUGCAUCGAUUCGUCUCCUCAGAAGAUGCAGAUCCAAAGUUUGAAAAUGUUGGAGUCGUUACACUGGAAGAUAUUGUUGAAGAAAUUUUACAAGCCCGCGAUGUGUCGUGCCUUUUGGAUACAGAUGAACCUUCUCGUAUAAUUAGCGUCCAGAUGCAAUUAGUGGCUAUGCAGUGGCUUACAACGAAUCACAGAGCAUUCAAUUCGGAUCAUAUCAGUCAAUCUGUGCUUGAAAAAAUGAUUCGGCAGAACUGUCAUCGUGUAGAGCUGUCACAUCUUCCGGACAUGUAUGAGCCGACAGCUGUUGUUCCGCGCACUGCAAAGUUAUAUACAAAACAGGAAUAUUCAGAGAAGUUCAUAUUGAUAUUGGAGGGACGCGCUCUUGUUACGAUUGGUCAAAAACUCGGAUUUGUGCCCGACUACUCAGUGGUAGUGCGCGAUGAUUGUACGUUCCUUGAAGUCACGGCUCAGAGUUGGCUCCUGGCGUACCGUAGCACGUUGAUGAGUCGAGAAGGACCAAGCUUGAAGCAGUUCGUCGCAAUGGAAAAGUCCGCUCUUCGAGCGAAUCAGAACAUGUUGAGCUACUACCACGCAGCAACACAACAGCUAGUUCGCCACCGUCAAGCAGAUCACUUCUAG